GCUGUUGGUGAUCGCAUAGCGCGGGCUCUCAGAGCCCGAGGGGACGAUGAUGACAUUGAUGAUCCAGAUGGAGCCCUGGAUGCGGACUCCGAUCAGUGCCGUGCUUCUGCACCGGCAGCACCGACCGAGACUUUGGAAGUACCCCCAGUAGAGCCUGCAGCCGUAAGCGAGGAGCCAGCGGGCACGGUAGCAGAUGUCGCACUUCCGGCCCCGGCCAACGACGUGCCACAGGACGGGGCCCCAGCCAACGAGGUGCCACAGGACGGGGCCCCAAUGGAGACCGAGGAUCACGAGAAGGCGAAGGCUGUGGUGCAAGAUCGGCCAGUACCCAAGGAAGACUUGGAAGCGCAACUCAGAAUUGCUGAGCUGAAGCUGGAGGCCAAGCGCUUGCAGCUUGGCUGUGCGAUGGGCAUAGAGCGGAAGCGUGCUGCAAAGCAGUUUGCUAAGAGCCUGCCACAAGGACCGAUCAGUGUGGAUUCAGAUGAUGAGGCAAAGCCUUCAUCUCCUGUCAAACCUAUUGUGUUGUUUCCGACUUCCCCGCCAAAUCCGGAUGCCUUGGAGACACAGGUCUUUGAGCUUAACACGCAGAUGGUGCAAGAUGUUUUGUCUACUUUGGACCAGCCUGUGCCAUCGCCUCCGGCCAAGACGUUUGCUGAGCAAAAGACUUUGGUCCUGAGUCCGCAGGACAGCAAGUCGCCGGUUGCACUGUCUGCAGUGCCGCCAGCCGAGACGGAGACCCCGAGUCCCAGAGGUGUGGUUGUGGCGGACAUCACGCCGCUAAAGACGUAUCCCACUCGUGAGGAGCAGCUUGAAGUUAAGGGCGCCAAGGAGGACGAAGCCCAGGCUAAGAAGGCUCAAACGGCUGUUGCAAAGGCUGCUGGAUCGAAUCGUGGGAGAGGCCGUGGCAGAGGCCGUGGUAGAGGCCGCGGCAAUGCGGCAAUUUCCACUCCGGAUGCAGACGAGGAUGAAGAUGCCGAUAAGAAGGACGACAAGGCUGGGGUCAUGGUUGCUACGGCUUCCGAGCCCUCCGUGCCGAAGAAGAAAAAAGCUUGGCGAGCCGAGAAGGAUGAGCAAGAGUCUCCGGAGACCGAGACGGGCAAGAACAAGAAGGGUGGGCGACCCAAGAAGGAUCGGCAAGAGUGUCCGGAGACCGAGACGGUGAAGACCAAAGGUGGGCGACCCAAGAAGGAUGAGCAAGAGUGUCCGGAGACCGAGACGGUGAAGACCAAAGGUGGGCGACCCAAGAAGGAUCAGCAAGAGUGUCCGGAGACCGAGACGGGCAAGAACAAAGGUGGGCGACCCAAGAAGGAUCAGCAAGAGUGUCCCGCGGAGACCGAGACGGUGAAGAGCAAAGGUGGGCGACGCAAGAAGGAUCAGUGCGAGAAUCCGGAGACCGAGACGGUGAAGCGCAAAGGCAAGAGAGCCAAAACGGGAGAUGCGGCAGCUGAUAAUGCUUCGCAGCCGAAGCCCAAGCGGCAGCCAGUGACGACCCUCAGUGGCUUUGAGUGGCCCCUUACCUUUGCUCGCCGCUACCGCCCCGAGUCCGACAACUACACCCAGAAGCUCUGGGAGGGAUGUGUUUGUGCAUUCAAGAAUGUGAUCAUGGCCCACCUACCCCCGGGCACAAAAUCGGCCGCUCAGGCCAUCGAUCUUGCCGAGCUCUUCAGUGGAUCCGCAACCCUCUCCAAGGAGUUCUACUAUGAGGGUAAGGAAGUUGUCGCUUGCGAUUUGAGAUAUGGCCGGGGCAUGGAUAUAUGCCAAUCUUCGGGAUUCGGGUGGCUUGCAUCGAAACUUAUUAGUCUGGGUUACAUAUAUCUCUGUAUGGAGCUAUGUUCAAGAAUCCCAGUCUAG